AUGGACGACUGUCACCACAAAACUGAAAAAAAGCUGCUCGAAUCCAGCAAAGCGGUGCAUUUUGACGGUUCGAUUCUGGGGUUGGCAACUAAGACCGCCUGCAAGAGCGCUCCAGCCACCGGAGGAGUAAAGAAGCCUCAUGGCUACCGGCCAGGCACCGUCGCUCUGCAUGAGAUCCGUCGUUAUCAGAAAUCGACCGAACUGCUGAUCCGCAAGUUGCCUUUCCAGCGUCUGGUCCGUGAAAUUGCCCAGGACUUCAAGACCGAUCUGCGCUUCCAGAGCUCAGCUGUUAUGGCUCUACAGGAAGCUAGCGAGGCUUAUCUGGUCGAUCUGUUCGAAAAUACCAACCUGUGUGCCAUCCACGCCAAGCGUGUCACAAUCAUGCCAAAGGACAUCCAGCUGGCUCGUCGUAUCCAUGGUGAACGCGUUUAA